AUGCCACCUCCUCCUUCCCCUCCAGCAUACCACAUAGUGGAGCUGAAAGUUUCUGACGAUGUAUCAGUAAAAGUUGCUCUGAACAAAAGCAAUUUAUAUGUGGUAGGAUACUGUGAUCAGUUUGAGGGAAACUACAGAGCACAUUUUCUUAAUGAUGCCCCUCUUAAUGCCAUUAAUGAUCAGUUCAAAGAGGCAAAAACACCUUUCGUUUCACUCUUCACUACAGUUCUAGAUAUGAAGCAAUUGAAAAAAAAACUGGAAUCAAUAGAAGAAAGGCUGGGUUUUACUCCAGAUUACAAGGUGUUGAAUCUGGAGAAUAAUUGGUUAGCAAUCACAAAAGCAAUCACAGAUUCAAAGGAUGGAAAAUUAAGUCUCCAAUUACUUUGA